UUUUCUCAAUUGCCAUGGCAACAAUUUGAAAAGCUGUGUGUCGGCCAGCUCAGGAGGAGUUUGUUGUUCGCCCCAGAACCAGACCGCGCCGGCCUGAACUCUCUGUAAAGUGGUGGAGAAAGAAGAGGAGAAACGUUGUGGAACAAGUUUUCAAUCAGAUAUCCUCAAAAUAUUCAGACUGAACCAUGUUCUCCCUCUCAGAACUGGCCCGUCUGGAUCAGCCUCAGAACACAUAUAAACUGCUGAAGCCCUGGUGGGAGGUCUUCAUGGACUACCUGGUGGUCCUGAUGCUCAUGACAUCUGUCCUGGCUUGUACUGAGCAGCUGUCGAGGGAAAGGGUUGUGUGCAUUCCUUCCGAGCUGCCUUUAAAUACAAGCAUCAGCGUUCAGGAUCCAUCACCUGGAAGGGAUGCAGCCCUCACAUCUUCUAAGACCCUUCUGCAUUUUCCUCACAGCAUCGGCCCAAAUCUCCAAUCUCCUGCGCAGGGACGCCGCACACAUCUUGUGUACCAGCAAUAUAUUUAUGUUAGCCAGGUGUGCUACCAUCAAGCUUUGCCUUUGUGUUCACGCUUCUUCCCCUACAUGGCCUUGCUGCAGUCUCUUGUGCUGGUAGCCAGUGGCUCCUUCUGGCUGCAUUUCCCUCACACAUCUUCUCGCAUAGAACAGUUCCUGUCCAUCUUGGCAAAAUGCUGUGAGUCUCCCUGGACAUCCCAGGCUCUGUCCGAAGCUGCACUCCAGGAAAACAUCCAAGAUUUGGAGAGAAAGCCCCGCCGAGCUCCUGUGUCUUCAGCUUGCUUUUCAAUUCCAGCGGUCCGCACAGAACACUCAAGCAUAGACUCGGGCACAGACAGCCCACUUUUAAAGAGAUCAACCUCCCCGCCUUCUCCAUCCCCUUCCACCCUCUCCUCUAAUUCUACGAUAUCAUCCAGAACACUUGGCUCUGAGGUGCACUUCUGUUCUUCCAAGCCUUCAGUGAAAGUGGAACGACCCAGACAGGUACUGAGUCUAGAUAAAAGUGAUGGAGAACAGGCCAGGGCCCUGUUUGAAAGAGUCAGGAAAUUUCGGUCUCACUGCGAAAGCUCUGCUGUCAUUUAUAAGGUUUACCUUUCCCAGACAAUAUUUAAACUGCUGAUGGUAAUGGUGAUCAUGAGUUACACCAUCCCAUUUCUCAGCUCCCUCUCCUUCAACCACAUCUGUCAACCUGGGGAGCGAACACUAGUGGGUUACGCAACCUUUGAAUGUGUCCAUGUGCUCUCAUCCCUUCUGCGUAAACUUCUUGUAGCCUACCUAAUCCUUCUGGGGCUUUAUGCUCUUCUCAAUUUUUACACCCUCAGCUGGAUUUUUCACAGCUGUCUUCGAAAAUAUUCCUUCCAGUCCCCAAACGAGCUGUGGUCCCUGAAAGACAUUCCUGAUCUGAUGAAUGACUUGGCCUUUCUCAUACACAUGCUGGACCAAUAUGAUUCAUUGCUGGUCCAGCGUCUCUCCGUGUUUAUGUCCCCCGUCAGUGAGAGCAGACUGCUGGAGCAAAGCCUGGAGAGACACUGGGGAGAAGAAAAGCUACAUGCUAUGACCAGUACAGAUGUGGAUGGCUGUACCUCUCUGCAGCUUGUGGCCCUGCCUCACCUUCCUCCAGCUCUUUUCACCCUGAACCAGCUUCAGGCCCUCAAACUGGAGCUCAUCACUGAUGCCAGAUUUACUUCACAGGUGGCAAACAUGACUUCACUUAGGGAGCUCCAUCUUUACCACUGUACUCCGGCUGUGGAUCCCAGUGCACUUGCAGUCCUCCAGGAACGUCUAGAGGUUCUUCAUAUCACCUUCGCUCAGGCAUCACAGAUCCCCAACUGGGUCCUCUCACUCCGCAACCUGCAUGAGCUCCAUCUUUCAGGUCGUUUAAGCAGUGAGGGUAGUGUUGGUCGUGGAUGGGCAAUGGGGAGCCUGCGUCAGCUCUGCCACCUCCGUAUUCUGGUAAUUCGAGGCUUGUUACACAGAGUCCCUGCAGAGCUGUGUGAAGUGGCAGGAGGUUUGGUGAAAUUAGUGAUGCAUAAUGAAGGCACAAGACUACUUGUUCUGACAGGCCUUAAGAGAAUGGCCAACCUCACGGAACUCCAGCUGCAGGACUGCCAGCUCGACCGCUUGCCCUCUUCCCUGCUUGCUCUGACUAAUCUCCGGAUGCUUGACUUGCAGCAUAACAACUUGAGAACCCUAGAGGAACUGCUCGGUCUGGCACACCUGCGACGUCUUUCUUGCCUUAAACUUGCUUACAAUCGUGUCUUGGUGCUGCCACCUAGUGUCGGAGUCCUUCGAGGCUUGGAGCUUCUGGAUCUGUCCAACAACCAGCUAAAGAGUCUUCCACUGGCACUCUUUACUCUCCACCGACUUCGUCGGCUUUUAUUGGCUGGCAACCUGCUUUGUGAGCUGCCCUCUGAGGUUAAGGCUUUGGAAUUGCUCACAGAACUAGACGUCAGUGGAAACAGGUUAGAGAGCCUACCCUCUGACCUCUUCAGCAGUUGCUUGGAGCUCCGUAUCCUUAAUGUGUCUCGCAACUCUCUUGUUUCACUGCCUGGGGGAAUUACAGCUUUAAGCCAUCUGUCUAGGUUAGAUUUGCGCAGCAAUAGUUUGGAAGAGUUGCCUGCUGAACUUGGCAGCUGUUUGGGGCUCUGUGGAGGUGGGCUCCUGGUUGAAAGGUGGCUCUUUCUAUCCUUACCUCCACAUGUCCGGGACUUCCUAAGCCGUUCUUACUCUACCAGUGAUGUAUACUUCAAGGAUCACUCCCGGCCAGAGUCGGUUACUUUCCCAUACUCUCCCACCCAGUGGAGCUUCUCUUCAGCUCUAGAAUCACGAAUAUAAGGUUUAGAGGUGAUUGUAUCCCUACACUUGGUUUUGUCACUUUUAAGUUUUUGCAACACUACAUAUAUUAUUUUAAACAGAAAGUAGUUUUUGCCCUGUCUUGUCAUUGACAAGAGUAAAAGGAGUCUUAGAAUGGUGCAUUAAAAUUGUUUUAAGAAAAAUGCAGAUUAUGUUUUGAAUACUGGUCGUUUCUGAAACUAAUCUUAACAUGAAGUUGUCUCUGAUAUGUUAUAUGGAAUAAUAACAGCACCUGGGAGAUAAAGCUUGGGUAGAAUGUUUGGAAAACAUGUAGAACAUUUUAUCACGGUUUGUAUUUUUAUCAUUUAAAUAAAUGACAGUUUGCAUUUUUUUAUGUCUUUAUAAUCAGCUAUACAAAAAAAAUAUUUACACCCACUGAUCACUGGAUUAGGAACCAUCUCAGCUUAGCAUGUCAGCAUUGUAACGUUUAAUAAAUAAAAAAGAACAAAAAACAUACACAAA